AUUUCUCCGAGAUUCCAGUCAUUGUUCCAAAACAAUUGCAAAGGUUGUUUCUUCAACACAAAUAAACUCAACCCCUUUUCUUUCUCUUCUCUCACUCUCUUUCAAUCAAUCAACUUUUUGUAAUCAACUAUGUUCUCCAACUUGUAUUCCGGAAAAGCUAGAGAAGUCAUGGCUUCUUCAUCUGCUGCUCCUUUUGAUUAUGAGAUCUUGGACAAAGAUCGUGACAUCCCUAGAACUGCUGGACUUCCAUCCAAUCGCACAAAUCCGUGGAUUGAACCUGAAACAUUGAAACUUCAACACCGAAUUGGUCGAGGACCUUUUGGUGAUGUUUGGCUUGCAACUCUUCAUCAGUCAACUGAAGAUUAUGAUCAACACCAUGAAGUUGCUGCUAAGAUGUUACAUCCAAUCAGAGAGGAGCAUGUGAAGAUUGUACUUGAGAAAUUCAAUGAAUUAUUCUUUAAGUGCCAAGGAAUUUCUAGUGUUUCUUGGAUACAUGGAAUUUCGAUAUUAAAUGGAAGGAUCUGUGUCAUUAUGAAUUUGUAUGAGGGUUCAAUUGGUGACAAGAUGGCUAGACUCAAAGAGGGUUGGAUUUCAUUGCAUGAUGUUUUGAGGUAUGGGAUCAGUCUGGCUCAAGGCAUUCUGGAGCUUCACUCUAAAGGGAUCCUUGUUCUCAACCUUAAACCAUGUAAUGUUCUUCUCAACGACAAUGAUCAAGCAAUUUUGGGAGAUGUUGGUAUUCCAAAUCUUUUGCUUGGUUCCUCAUUUGUUAGCUCAGAAAUCGCUCAGAGGCUUGGAACUCCUAAUUACAUGGCUCCAGAACAAUGGAAACCAGAGGUCAGAGGCCCAAUAUCGCUUGAAACGGAUUCAUGGGGAUUUGGGUGUACCAUUGUUGAAAUGUUGACCGGUAAUCAACCUUGGUAUGGAUGCUCUGUUGGUGGAAUAUACGGAUCAGUUGUUGAAAAGCAUGAAAAGCCGCAUAUCCCAAGUGGCCUUCCUUCUCCCAUUGAGAAUAUCCUUAGUGGAUGUUUUGAGUAUGAUUUGAGGAAUCGCCCUCUGAUGGUAGAUAUUCUGCGAGUCUUUAAAAGCUCAUUGAAGGACCUGGCCAGUGAUGUCGGAUGGAUAUAUCAAGGAAAUCUGAAAGUAAUCCCAAAAUCAGGCAGCACUGACUACACUGAAUGGUUCCUCUCAAAGGAUCAUCUUCAGGUUGGCGACAUGGUCCGAUCCAGAAAGCCUCCCAACUCAUGCAAAGCUCAAAACAUGAUUGUCCCAGAAGGAAUUGUUGUCGGCCUAGAACGUACUGCGGAACACGGAUUCGUUCUUGUGAGGGUCCAUGGUAUUCACGACCCUAUAAGAAUUCACGUGUCAACCCUUGAACGCGUCACAAAUGGCUUGGCAGCUGGUGAUUGGGUACGUGUGAAAGAUAAAAAUCAGAAACACUCACCAGUGGGCAUUCUACAUUCCAUCAACCGCGAUCACAGUAAAGCUGCUGUUGGAUUAAUUGGGCUGCAAACUCUAUGGAACGGAAACUCUUCAGAACUCGAAAUGGCAGAAUCAUUCUGUGUGGGCCAGUUUGUUAGGCCGAAAGAGAAUGUUUUAACCCCUCAAUUUGAUUGGCGUCGUAAAGGAUGCGGGGCCUUGGCUACUGGUAGGAUUUCAUGGAUACUACCAAAUGGGUGUUUGGUUGUCAAAUUUCCAGGGUUGGUGACUUUUGGGAAGGAAUCAAACACCUUCUUGGCUGAUCCCUCUGAGGUUGAAGUGGUUGAUUUCAAGACUUGUCCUGGGAUGAUAGAAAAGUAUCAACAUGUUGAGGAUCAUCAUUGGGCAGUUAGACCUGUUCUAGUUGCACUUACCAUGUUUACAGCUUUUAAACUAGGCAUAUUAGUUGGAAGAAAAGUGAGAAAGUGCAAGAAGAUCAAUGCAAUAGUAAGCAAAAACCAACAUGUUGAAGGUCAGAACACAAACAGUCCUACAAAGAGUACAAGUCAUGGCAACACAACAUGGGUUCCUUCAGUUGCUAAUAUCCUUUUUAAAGAUGGUGCUUAACACUUCCUAUUGCCAUUAGUUUUAGUGUUUCUAUCUCUCAAUUCAAUUAAGUGAUUAAUGCAUUCAUCUUUUAAGCAUUAGCUAGUCUUUGAACUACUGAAGCAAUUGCAUCCGAUGUACUGUGAUAUUAGUUUGAAGUUGAACUACAUUAGUUGAAAAUGGUAAUUAUACAUAAGUGAUGUAAGUUCUGACUCUGCAUGUAGAAAUUGUACAUAUCCUUUUCAGAA